AUUGGCCGUUGUUCAUUUCCUCCACUGGCUUCAGCAUCCAGGAACUCUCCCUGUCCGUUCUCUCGCUCUCUUCAGUUCUUAACUGCGUUUGAGGAUUAAAUGUUCUGAGCAUUUGGCACAUACAAUGGAUUUUGGUUGGCUGCUUGGGUCCAAGAAUUGGCAGCAAAAAGUGAUUAAAGCAGGUCAAGAUAUUUAUUCUGACUGAGUGCAAGUCGUUGUCAUACUUGUUUGGCAUUCAGCUGAUUUUCUUAUUUUCUAAGCUAAGAUCCUAAAAAUUGCACAUAAGUCAAGGUCAUGUCUGGUCUUUCUUCUGCAUGUUUGGGAGAGGUCAAUCUUAUGAUCUUAUUAAACUGUUAGUAGCAGUCCCCAUCAGUCAAUUUCAUACUAUGAAGGAGCUUUCAGAAAGUAAAACAUCUUCCUCUACAACCUCAUCACCUUCAAAUCGUGCAAAAGCUUCAAGAGUUAGGGAGAUUCCAAGGUUAGAAUCAGCAAACAGAGUCUCAACUCAAACAACAGGCAGGCCAAAACCAAUUUCUUUGGAGUCCUUAGCUAAUCCAAAGGUCAAAAGAUCAAUUCUUCCAAACAAGCUGAGAUUAGAUGGAGAAAACGUUACUUACAAAAGGGAAAUGGAGGCAGGGGAUCCAAAGAUUGGGUAUCGGCCAGGAGUUCCACCGGUGGAGAAGUAUGCUCAGUUUCGGAGAAAAUUAGAUAUAAAUUCCAGUAGAUGUGAGGAUAAGCAUGAUGACAAGGCUACAGAUUUGCAGAAGAGAUUGGAUGCGAAUGAGAUCUUGGUGAAAGAUAUGCAGUUAGAAAUUUCGUGCCUGAAGGAGGAGAUUGAGAAGCUGAAGGGUCUAAAUGUUGAGCUAGAAGAACAAAAGAAGAAGCUUGCAAAUGAUUUGUUGGCCGCUGAAAUAAAGUUUGCGGCACUCAACAGGCAUGAUCAGGGUGCAUCAGCAGGCAAGGAAAGAGUGCCCUCUGAAUUAGACGGUGUACAGAAGCACACUGCAAAUAAGUUAGACCAAAUUGUUGGAGAAAAGACAGUGGAUGAAGAAAGCAUAAACAAUAAAAUGCAGUAUUUGCCUCUAAAUCGUGGAGCUAAACCUGAAGAAGUUAAAUCUAACAUUUUAAUAAACAAACCCCUCAAAUCUCCUCCCGAACUAAAAACUCCACCACCACCUCCUCAUCCACCACCGCCACCUCCUCCACCUCACCUUCAUUCUAAAAAAGAAGGAAAGAUGCAAAAUGCUACUGCAUUGGUAGAGUUCUACCAUUGUUUGACAAAAAGAGAUGCCAAAGGCAAUGGAAAUUGCUCCAGUCAGGUUGCUAGUAGCGUGCAUAACAGCUUAGUUGGAGAGCUUCAAAACAGAUCAGCUCAUUUGUUAGCGAUUAAAGCAGAUGUAGAAACAAAAGGAGAGUUUAUCAAACAUCUCAUAAAUAAAGUCCAGUCCGCAGCCUACACUAGUAUGGACGAUGUUCUGACAUUCGUGGAUUGGCUCGAUGGGGAGCUCUCUAAAUUGGUAAUUUCUGCAUAAUCAUUUGAUGGCUAC